AUGAGUCUCUCACAGGUGUCACCUUUACCGCAUAUCAAGGACGUUGUUUUGGGAGAUACAGUUGGGCAGGGGGCAUUUGCCUGUGUCAAAAAUGCCCAUCUCAAAAUGGAUCCCUCUAUUAUUCUAGCUGUUAAAUUCGUUCAUGUUCCUACUUGUAAGAAAAUGGGACUCAGUGAGAAGGAUAUUACAAAAGAAGUUGUUUUGCAUUCGAAAUGUUCGAAGCAUCCUAACGUUUUGAGACUUAUAGAUUGUAACGUCUCUAAAGAGUAUAUGUGGAUAAUCCUGGAGAUGGCAGAUGGGGGAGACCUAUUUGACAAGAUUGAGCCUGAUGUUGGAGUCGAUUCUGACGUAGCUCAGUUUUACUUCCAACAGCUUAUUAGCGCAGUUAAUUAUUUGCACGCAGAAUGUGGUAUUGCCCACCGAGACGUAAAGCCUGAGAACAUUUUACUUGACAAGAAUGGAAAUUUAAAGCUAGCCGAUUUUGGGCUUGCCUCCCAAUUUAAGAGAAAAGAUGGUACAUUACGUGUAUCCAUGGAUCAAAGGGGUUCGCCGCCCUACAUGGCUCCUGAAAUCUUAUAUUCUGAAGAAGGUUAUUAUGCAGAUCGAACGGAUAUAUGGUCCAUCGGCAUCCUCUUAUUUGUAUUGUUAACCGGUCAAACGCCUUGGGAAAUACCAUCAUUAGAUAAUGAAGAUUUCAUCUUCUUUAUUGAAAACGAUGGAAAUUUAAACUGGGGGCCCUGGUCGAAGAUAGAAUUCACUCAUUUAAACAUACUCCGAAAAAUUCUACAACCUGACCCGAUUAAGAGGGUGACACUGAAAGUUUUGAAAAGGCAUCCUUGGGUAUCACGUCGAGUCUCAUUCGCUGGUGAUGAUGGUCUUUGUAACGAUCCUGAGCUCUUGGCUAAGAAAUUGUUUUCUCAUUUGAAAGUCUCAUUGAGUAACGAAAAUUAUAUAAAGUUUACUCAAGAGGCUAACUCUAACAGUAGAUGCGUUUCCACUCAACCAAUUGGUAACGAGUUAGCUGAACUCGAACAUGACUCUGUGCAUUUCAAGACACUUUCAAAUACACAACGUGCGUUUACCCUGUACGAUUCAAAUAUGAACGAUAACAGCGGUACAUUUUUGACGCAAGAGGCUAAGUGGACGCAAUUCAUAAGCCACGAUAUUGCUGCCUUACAAUUUCAUUCUGAGGAGAGUGGCUUUACUGAGCUACUCAAAUAUCGUUUGAAGUUCAACCCGAAUAAGCUUACUAAAUUUUACACACUACAAUCUAUGGAUAUCUUGUUGCCAACUCUGGAGAAAGCGUUGACCUUAUCACAAAUCAGAGUGAAACCUGACCUUUUUGCGAAUUUUGAAAGGUUGUGCGAAUUAUUAGGCUACAAUAACGUUUUUCCGCUUAUUAUAAAUAUCAAAACCCAAAGUAAUGGUGGUUACCAAUUAUCUGGUAGUAUUUCCAUUAUCAAGAUUGAAAAGGAGCUGAAAAAUGUUGGAUUUGAAAGAAAAACUGGCGAUCCUCUAGAAUGGAGAAGAUUAUUUAAAAGAAUUUCAACUAUUUGUAGAGAUAUUAUCCUAAUUCCUAAUUAA